AUGCACACACGAGAUAAAGCCUGGCAUCUUACCCACCGUAUCACCUCGUCCCUGAACGAGGAGCAUAAUUCGGAUCCUUCAUCAGUAGCAAAAUACAAGAUAAUGUUGGAUAACUUGCUCGCCCUGAACACGGCAGCUCAUCAUCUUCUCGGGGGUGAACCGGAUGCUAUUUUCGCCGGAUAUACAUCGAAUAAUAAAAGACUUGUAGCUGAGUACGAGGGAAUGCUCGAAAGAGCAUACACAGAGUACAGGUCAAAAUACAUGGAGCAUCGGGAAAUGAUCGUUGGGAGGUCGAUCAUUCAGGAACUGGAACAUUUGUUCCGUGGUCUGAAGCAUACGCAGCCUAUAUCACUCGGGUUUAUGCAAUCUCCAGGCAAGUCAUUCUCGAGUGGGGUACUAGAGGGAACUGAGGGUGUUUACAAGAGCCUAACAACUGCUCAUGCCUGGGGGGAUAUUGGCAGGUCGAGGUUUGAGCUGGCUGGGAAGGAAUUUGCUCUACAAGCUGAAAUGAUGUGGGAUAUUCCUAUUAUCAUCCAUCAAACCGGUGGAACCCUCGUCAGCUUAGGACUUUGCGAUACUCUUGUUACCAGAGACUAUUCGUUGAUUUGUUCGAAGAAGGUCACCUUGCCCUUUACAGGCCCAUCUGACUGGCUCGCUCUCUCCAAGGUAUGUGGGUCUCUGGAGAGUGUCCGCCUUGAGGGCUUAGCCUAUAACUUCAAACUUGGUGACCACAGCCUGCCUUUAGUUGCAGCUCACAGCGGUUUAGCGGAAGGUCUCGCUUUCCCUCUUUCUGAGUAUCUGGGUGCAGUUCUCUCCGGGAGGUAUCUGAGGAGCGUUAUUGUCAACACCGCGAUAGAGGAGUUGGAUCUAUAUGUUGGCGAGAGGGAUCGAUGCCCCCUUGGUCCGGUGCUAGCCCGAUUAGACUGCCAGGUAUAUCUCAAGAACACCUUGAGGCACUAUGCCGAAAUAUGA